AUGGCUGCAAACGAGGAUUUCAAUGCCUUGAAAGCCGCCGUCCUCAAGGCGGAGACGUCCGAACUCUCUGGACAGCUUGGCCGAGCAGCUUUGGCUUGGGAGUUCCUCCUUGGCUUUGCAGCGAAGAAGCCCUUCUACAGGUCGCACCUCUGCCAGGUCAUCGAGGCAUUGCUGGCACAGCCAGGCUGGCGUGAUGUCUACGCCCGCAGCCAGGAACUGCAAGAAAUGGCCGAAACCGUCCAUGAGGAUGUGAAGAAGGCUCUGGCUGCUGUGCCGGCUGCACCCGCACCUGCACCCAAGCAGGAAGAAAGGCCAAAAUCAGGUCCGAGCAAAGACGUGGAGUGGCCCAGUUGGGAGGUCCUCGAGGAAGUGGUCAAGAAAGAGACCUUCAUGGCAGCAAAUGAGGAGUUUCGGGUUCUGAGGCUCGCGGUGAUAGCUGCAGAUGAGGUUCAACUUGCAAGUCAGGUUGCUCACGCGGCAAUGGCGUGGGAGUUCAUUGCCGGCUUCGCUGCCAAGAAGCCACACUUCAGGUCCCAAGUGGUUGAAGUGGUCAGCGCGCUGCGGAAGGAAUCUGGCUGGGAGGCGGCCCUCGAGGCAGCCCAGCCUUCACUGCGCAGCCGUCUUGCAGAGUUGCCUGAAGCCGUGCGUGGACCGCUCAGCCGUGCGGACAAGUCCCCGUCUGCACUUUCUGGUGGGGACUCCAGCAUGGACGAGAUUGGCCAGGAGCAGGAGCAUCAGAUGCCGUACACCAGUCCUGACUUCCAAUCCUUGGAGGAGAGGCUCCGAUCCAUGCAGAGCUGCGUGGCGAACCUCGCACCCGAUGAACCUCCGGCCGUGGGGGACGUCAAGUCAACUCCUCCGACCCUGCCGGAGGAACCGGAGCCAGAUGCUCGGGAGGAGCUGGUGAGCCAGCUCUUGGACUCCGCAAAGCCGCCUGAGGCGAAGCCGCAGGGCGAUGCCGUUCCGGCUGAGGAUGCCGUUCCCGAUGAGGCAAGCUGCAUCCUCGACAUGGCGGCAUCUCUCGAGGCAGCGCAGCCUGUGGUGGCACACUACCUUCGCAUACACGCGCUGGAGAUGCUGCUGGCAGCCAAGCAGAGUGGCCAAAGCAGAACUGCUGAAGCAGACAAGCUGCUCCUCACAACCUUCGAGAAGGCCGAGCAGACGAAAGCCAGCCUCGACUUGACGGGUGGCGCAGAGCAACUCCGGCAUUUCGCGGUGCAAAACUACGAGCAAGCCAUCUCCGCGGAUGGUGGAGUGGCAACUGCCGAUCUCGCUCAGAAUCUCCUGACGGCGGGCCUCUGCCUUGGCGCCCUGGCGCAAUUCGGUCAGAUGGAGCCCGCUUUGGCUGAGAGGGCAGCCUACGCCAAGAGCCGCGCGGGUCACUUGAGAGAGUGUUUGCGCCACCAGCUGCCGCCUGCUGCUCCCCAGCCACCGGUCCAGCCUCCCGCGGCCCCAGCAGCGCCUGCACCCCCACCACCCAGGACUCCUGCCGCGGAUCCUCCUCGCGCCCCGAAUCCUCCGCCCAGUGCAGAUCUGCGCCCGGCAGAUCCCAAGCCAGAAGCUCCUCCGAGUCGGCCUGCUGUCGUCCCUGUGCAACAAGCCCCGCCAGCAGUGCCAGCAGUGCCGGCAGUGCCAGCAGCGGCCACGCUCCCUCCGUCUAAACGGCAGGCAGAAGCUCGCAAAAAGGCAGACCAGGCAAUUGCUGCUGUGGCAGCUGGAAGCGACGACAGUGCGAGAGCUCUCAUCAAGGAGGCGCUUGGUCUCCUCCAUGGUUUGUGA